CAUUUAUCAAAUUUAUAUAGGUUUUUAAUUUUUGAUAUUUUUUUAUGAGUUAUAUGAAUUGGCAAAUAAAUUAUAGUUUAAAAGAUUUGUUACGUAUAGUAACAAUUGUUUGUGGAUAUCUUUUAAUUAGGGCAUAUCUCCAAAAAUGGAUUAAAAGUAAACAAACUAGAGAUUAUGAAGCUGAGGACAAUAACAACAAAAGUUCAAAGAAAGCUACAUCUGGUUUAAAUACUAUAAUUGAAAAUGAUUUAGAGGAGGAGACACUUGUGUGGGGAGCGGUACGUCGAAAAGAACAAAAAAUGAAGUCGAUCGAAUGAUAGAAUAUAUUAAAAGAUAAAAGAUGUAACGAUAUAAUAUUGUAU